AUGGCUAUUGAAACGGAAUGCAGUGCAGAUCGGACUUUUAUUGUAGGAGAAGAUACUUUAUUACUUGAAGCGUUGAAAGAGAAGAUGAGAAGAAACCCUGGCCCUACUAUAUCACCCUUGCCUCCCGCAAGCUGCAUCUUCAAAGUUCCCGAAGCUCUCCGGAGACAUAAUCCAAAGGCCUAUGAGCCUCACGUCGUCUCAAUCGGACCCUUCCAUCGAGGACGCGAUCACGAAAAACUCCAGCGCGUGGAAACGUCGAAGCAGUGGUAUUUAGAUACCCUUCUCACCCGCAUGGAUAUAAGCCUUGAAAAUUUCAUUGAAAGCAUUAACAAUGAAACAAAGAAAGGCAUCAUUGAGUUUGAGAAACGGGCCCGUGAGUUUUAUGCAGAACCACUUGAUCACCUUAAAGAGAAAGAGUUCAUGGAAAUAAUGAUACUUGAUGGUUGCUUCGUAAUACAACUACUUUGGAAGAUUGUCCAUGGGAAAGAAGAUGAUGAUGACCCCAUAUUGAACAUGGAUUGCAUGUUCCAGUAUGUAUGUCAUGAUCUUUUGCUAUUAGAAAAUCAGAUUCCUUGGUUUGUUCUCAGCUGUUUAUAUCGCCUUACCUUGGGCAAAAUCUACGGUGGACCCCCGUUCAGUGUAGUCCUGCUCAGUGCCUUCCGCUCACAAAACUCGUUGGAGAAACAUAUCAACUCCUAUUUCCAACAUCUAAAGGAGGAAUGGGUUAAUAAUGAUCGAGUUGAUGAGAGUCGAUUUUUGCACAUACUUGAUCUAAUCAGAACUUCCGUUGUUUUCGCAUUCAAACCUUUUGAACCUUCCAGUAGAAAUAACAAAAAAUGUCUUUGGUGGUUCGCAGAAAAGGAAGAAAAAGAGAUUGGACCGAAAAUUCCUGCAGCAACAGCUCUCUCAGAAGCAGGAGUUAAAUUUCGAAGGGGCUCGGAUAAUAAUCUAAUGAACAUCGAAUUUAAAAGUGGGGUUUUAAAAAUUCCAGAACUAGCAGUUGCAGAGUUGACCGAACCAUUAUUGAGGAACCUCAUCGCCUUUGAGCAGUGCUGUCGUGGUCAAUCUCAUCAAAUAACAUCUUACGCCGUUUUCAUGGAUAAACUCAUCAGUUCCGAAAAGGAUAUAAAGCUUCUUUCUAAGGAAAAAAUCUUAGCUAACUGGCUCAACGUUGAAGAUGGUUCUAAGUUCUUUAACACCCUUUACAUUGACACCACACUCAAAAAUUUCCAGUAUGACAAACUCUGCGCUCAAGUGAAUAAAUAUUACCACGUUAAAUGGAACACGUAUCUCGAACAAUUGAGGCGCUACCACUGUAGUAGCCCAUGGAAAGUUAUUGCUUUGACCGUAGGGAUUCUCAUUCUGGAUCUACAAAAUAUUGCAGUUCAUCCUUCGUGUUCUGCCCUCAACAUCAUUCUGAUUUCAGAGAUGUCAAUGAAUUAA